GGGGAUAGGAUUUAGCAACGUGCAUUGACCAUAUAAAACCGAUCAGUAGCGUAAAGAUUCGCUCAGUCCAUUUACAAUUUGCUGCUGCUACGAUAACGUCAUGAAAGGUAUUGCAGUUUUGAUGCUAGUCGGCAUGCUUGCCACUGCUGCAUGUGCACAGGAAGCGGAACAGGUUUGUCCGGAGCAUGACGACAUUUUCAAUCCAGUGCACUUCCCGCACCCAACCAACUGUGCAAAGUUCUACAAAUGCUACAAUGGGGAGAAGUUUGAGAUUGAUUGUCCCGCCGGACUGCACUGGAGCAUCGAGAAGGACUAUUGUGACUAUCCCUCGGAAGCCGGAUGUACAUCCGAUUCCAUAAGAAUUGUAAAUAAAUUCUAAUUCUCCGAAAUCUA